CCCGGAUGUGACGUAGCCCGUGACGUCCAGACCAGGAAGUUCCAACACAGUCAGAUUCCACUUGGUCAGACGUUGUGCUCAGAAGCUGAGUAUCCCUCUUUGGUUUUCUUCUGUCUAAACAAAGUGCAACAAUUGUAUUCGACUCGGUAGAGUAUCGUUUACUGCUGGCCCAAACGGCUCCUUUCCUGCCGCGUGUCCUCCGUCUGUGCUAGAAGGCGUUAUAGCUAGCUAGCUAACAAGCUAACAGCUCACUAGUUGAGGUUGUUUUGAUUAUUAACGUGAACAGUAACGUGACAUCCACGGCGUCUGGGCCGAGCUGCCAGUGCAAACGUUCUCUAAAAGGAUCUGUUCGACGCAGUCCACUCGAUACAGGAGAUGGUUUAGGUGUUAGACGUGACGUGAGGACAGUGUUAAUGUGAAUCGUGGGCAGUGAUCCAGCUAGCUGGGUUAACGUUAGUUAACGUCGCCUACCUUCAGCUACCACUACUGGGGACCGUCUGGUUUGUCCCUUGCCCCGACUUGCGGACGUCUGGCGAGCUUGGAAAGCUCUCUGUGAACCGGAUCCAAUGCGUGGGAUGAUGGGGACCCAGAGUAGUCCUGUCAAGAGUUACGAUUAUCUUUUAAAAUUCCUUUUGGUGGGAGACAGCGAUGUCGGAAAGGGAGAAAUCUUGGACAGUUUGCAGGACGGAUCGGUAGAAUCUCCAUAUGCCUACAGCAGUGGGAUUGAUUACAAGACCACCACAAUUCUGCUGGAUGGGAGACGGGUGAAAUUAGAAUUAUGGGACACAUCAGGGCAAGGCAGAUUCUGCACCAUCUUCAGGUCUUACUCUCGUGGAGCACAGGGCAUCUUGCUAGUGUAUGACAUCACCAACAGCUGGUCGUUUGACGGCAUCGACCGCUGGAUCCGGGAAAUCGACGAGCAUGCCCCAGGUGUACCCAGGAUUCUGGUGGGCAACCGACUUCACCUGGCUUUCAAGCGGCAGGUGCCCACGGAGCAGGCGAGGGCUUACGCGGACAAGAACAGCAUGACUUUCUUUGAGGUCAGCCCGCUGUGCAACUUCAACGUCAUCGAAUCCUUCACUGAACUUUCGCGCAUUGUGCUGAUGAGGCACGGGAUGGAGAAAUUCUGGAGGCCCAACCGAGUCUUCAGCCUCCAAGAUCUGUGCUGCCGAUCGAUUGUCUCCUGCACACCGGUGCACCUCAUCGACAAACUGCCCCUCCCCGUGGCCAUCAAGUCUCACCUCAAGUCUUUCUCGAUGGCCAACGGCAUGAACGCAGUCAUGAUGCACGGACGCUCGUACUCGGUGGCCAACAGCGCGGCAUCAGGCGGAGGCAGCGGCGCCAGCAAAGCCAACAGUCUCAAGCGCUCAAAGUCCUUCAGGCCUCCGCAGAGCCCUCCAAAGAACUCGUCGGCAUCCUCUAAGGGGAACUGUAAGAUCUCAUAGUGAAGGAGCGGACUACUGGCUGCCUCCGAAGGGCCACAGUGUUAAAGUUAUUGUUGCUCCCAAGAGGUCACGUGGGGGCACAGAAGAGCAAGGAGAGCAACCAGGAGCACAUACAGCAGUGAACUGGCAUUGACCUUUGGGGAACUGCCUUGAAUGGCUGGUUUGGUGUCUGUUCUCUUUGCGCUUGCUGGUGCCAUCUUGUGGAUAUCCGUGUACCCGUUCUCUUCGCUGCAGAGGCUCACUGUGAUCAAGUGGAACAAGAUUUCCCCGGGACCAACAGAUGUGAACCAAGGAUCAUCACUCGCCUGUUAACACUACAAAUGAGUGGAGGGACAUUAUCUAUCUUUUAUGUGGAAAUGGAGUGUUUAUUGUAUUUAACGUUGGACUGGAAGUUGUAAAUAUUCUGUAUGUGCUAGCUGUUUUUGUCUGUGUUUGGUGAUCGAGCCUGCAGAAGCGCUUCUCCUGCUCGUUUUGUCUUGAAUGUUUCGGGAGACCUGCUUAUUUCUGUGUCUUAUUACCCCUCGUCUGCCGUAGAAAAAUUCCGAUUGCCGCCUCCAUGGUGCUGAGCAGCUUAUGAAAAACUCAAGAUGAAUUAUGUUUUGAAUAAGACCGGCUUGAAUUGAAUGUCAAUAGAAGAGCGGGGCUAGUUCACCAGACAGAUGGAGCUGCAAAGAUUAGUCAGCUAGUCUGAGAAAAAGCAAAAGAAAACUUUGCCGGCUGCAGUGUCUCAAACGUGAGGAUUUGCUGCUUUUUCUUUGUUGUUUAAAAAAGUAAAUGAAGAGUUUUCAGAUUUAGUCAGACAAAGGAAACAAUUUGAAGAUGUGACUUUGUGAAAUUUUAACGAGCAUCCAAUUUUUUGAACAAUCUUUUGACAUAUUUCUUAUCUCAGAUGAGUAAUUGUGAAAAUAGAUUUAAAUGAAAACAAUCGUUAGUUGCAGCCCUAGACACAGUAGUAAUUGACUCGAGGAUAAGUCGUAAGAGUUAUCCAUUGAUAAACCAUGUUGGUCUAGCACUACUUAAUCUGUGAAACGGACCAGCGCAGUCGAGCCAAGUUGUCUGGUUUCAAAGACUUCCUGCGGUGCCCCUAAAUUCCACCCCAAAUGAAUUCCCCCUCCAUCUCCAUCAGUCAUCGCUUUGAACAUCUGUCGACUCCCUCAGCCUGUUUUUUUUCUUUUCUCUUGCCUCUAAUCUAAUAUCAGUUGAUUCAUGGCUUUUACCAACUUAAACCGCCAACGACAUUGUGAUCGAUUUAAUUCUACUAACUCUUGGUGCAAUUCAGAGAUGGUGCUGAUGAGGAAACCUUGUACAAACACGGUGGUCCGCCUUCAGAAUGUGCUGCAAUAGAGUCUCUGUUCUUAACAGGAAUUUGUAACCUCAGUGGACAUUGGUGAGAGGAAUAUUUUAAUUUGAAUGCCUUUUUUGGAUAUUUUUAUGUAUAUGCUAUGUACUUAUGAAUGUAAAACAAUAUUCAUCCGCUACCUUUCUGUGGCCAUGUGGUGGUAACGUGGGGCUGUAAGAAUCAGAGGUGGAAAGUCAUAUACUAUACAUAGACUGUGAUAUUUUUAUUGUAGUUUGCUUCUUGUCUUGAGUACUUGUACUUUUGCUGCUUAAGUUAAAUCAACUUUCUUCAGAAUGUGUGUUAAGGAGGGUGUCAGAUGAAUGUGGAGACCUCAGAAAGGACGCAGAAAGUCUUGGUUUUUUUUAAGCAAAGCUAACUCAUGAUAUGGGUUUUUUAAAUGAUUGAAUAAUCUCCACAAAUACGUUGGUUUCUACAUAAAUUCUCAGUUUUCUUUCCACCUCUGAUGAACAUGUGCUGUUUUUCCACUUUAAAGGGGGCACUAUGUCGUGUUGGGAGAAGUUCAAACUCGUCAUUUUAAUAUUAAUAUCAAUGAGGUGAUAAUACAAACACAGAAGUAUUUAUCUUUUCCAUAACCGAAUAAACAAGCUGCUCUCAGAGGGAAACGAGGUCCCCGGAACGCUCUUUGAAGCUACAAAAGUGGCAGGGUCCGCCACAUGUAAACAAAGUGUAACGGAAUGAAAUUGUGUUGUCCUUUAAGGUCAGUUUGUUUAUUCGGUUUAUGUAGUUCGAAAAGCUAAGUGAAUUUGUUUAUUAAAUUGAAAAAGAUCCCUCUGUUCUGAAUGAAAUUCCUUCAAAUCCUCGCAGAG